AUGGCCACGACAGAUAUGGCGGCGUAUUGCUUUGGUGUGUUGGAGUCACACCUGCACGACAAGGACCACCCGGAGCCUUCCUUCGACGAUGGCGAAUUCCCGCUCUUUGUGACUUGGAAGAAGUGGCACGACCGCUACGAGGACUGGGUCCUGCGCGGUUGCAUCGGCACCUUCUCUCCCACACCCCUCCACGAAGGUCUUCGCGAAUUUGCGCUCACAAGUGCGCUGAGGGACACGAGGUUUGAUCCCGUGUCGCGGGAAGAGCUCGCCACGCUGCAGUGCGGCAUCUCCCUCCUCACAAACUUUGAGGAUGCAGAACACCACCUCGACUGGGAGGUGGGCACACACGGCAUUUGGAUCGAGUUCAAGCACGAGAGUGGCCGCAAGCGCACGGCCACGUUCCUCCCCGAAGUCAUGCCAGAGCAAGGUUGGAGCAAAGUGGAGGCCAUUGACGCUUUGCUGCGCAAGGGCGGCUACACAUCCAAGAUCACGGAGGAGUACAGGAAGACUGUCAAGCUCACCCGCUACAAGAGCCACAAGAUUGCACUCUCAUAUGAGGAGUGGAAGACCGCUGCAUCAUCGUCAAAGUCCGACUGA